AAGCAAGAGACAAGACUGUUAACAGUUCCAGAGCUCGUGGGCUCCUGGGGGCAGCGGUUGCCUCAUCACCAGGUCCAGGAGGCCAGGACUGUGUGCACGACGGGGAGCCUUUGAGAGGCCAAAGCAGCAUGGAGAGUGGACAGAGAGUGCCCCGGAAAGGCCGCAGGCUGGGCUCCAGCCGCCGGCGGCAGAUGCGAGAACCAGCUGACGGCCAGGAUGCCCCUGUGGCCCCAGAGCCAGAGUCCUUGUCCUCCCCGGAGGCUGCAGAGCUGCAGCGCUUUUUCCAGGACUGUGGGGCCAAGGAGAGGGGCUUCGUCACCCGCGAGGACCUGGCGGCGGCCAAGUUCAGCUUCCUGGGCAGUGCGGAGGAGCUGGAGAUGAUCUUUGACUGGGUGGAUGUGGAGCAAAAGGGACGCCUCUCCCUGGAAGAAUUCAGCUCUGGGCUCAAGAACAUCUUUGGCUCCAGCUUGAGCACCCGCAGGCUCCACAGAAAGAGGCCACUGUCCUCCAAGAGAGAAUCUGCAGCCACCAGCUUCCCAGUGCCAGAGGAGGCUGACCCUGAGGAGAAGGAGGCGUUCCUUGCCUUCCUCCAGCAGCUGGGGGCAGGCCACUUACUUCCGGAGCAGGCGGACAUCUGGCAGCUGUGGGGGAAGCUGCGGGAGGAGGAGCCCCAGGUGGCAGGCAACCUGGAGGGCUUUCUGGCCAGGAUGAGCAGCCGCCUGCAGAAGGCACGGGCUGACAAGGAGGUUCUGGAGCUGACCCUGAGGAAGCGGGACUCCGACCACCACCGAGAGGUCCAGCAGCUCUAUGAGGAGAUGGAGCAGCAGAUCCACAGGGAGAAGGAGCAGCUGCAGGCCGAGAGCGACUCCCGGGACCUGGCCUUCAGCUCCCAGAUGCAGGAGGUCUUGGAGGCCAAGGAGCGCGAAUUUCAACAGCUGACGGAGGGCCAGAGGGAGCUGGAGGCCCAGCUGCACCGCCUCAGCAGCACCCACCAGGAGGCCAACGCAGAGAACCAGCAGCUUCGGGAGACUGAGCGUGACCUGGCUGGGCGACUGGAGGAGGUGCAGGGGCAGCUGCAGGCGACCAGGGGGCGUCUGAGUGCCACCAGGGGCCACGCGUCCUGGCAGGUAGAGGAGGAACCCAGUGUCCCCAGAGCAGGUGACGAGAAGGCUCUAGAUGUCCAGGCAGUCUCCUCUGAGGAGGCUCCCCUGCCCGGACUGUUUGGGGAGGAGGAUGACUGGCACCAGCUCCUGAGCAACUUCAACACCUCCUCGCGCAGAGCCCUGCAGCUCUCCUGGAGCCCACCUCCAACCCCGAGGACCCCUUCAGGGCCCCAGACACCCUGAGUAGUCAGGCAGAUCUCCAUCUCAGAGCCACAUGCUUUGCUGCUUGGUCAGGAGGCCCCUUCAGAUCUGGCCGGGGCCCCAAGGAGCCCCACUGUGGCGCCCUCCGGGGCCAAGGAAGGGAAAGGAGUGGGCCCAGAUGAGCAGGACAGCAGACCAGAGCAGCCUGUCCAGCCUCGCAGCCUGGAACCUAAGGAGGAGUCAGCGCCUGGCCCUGAGGCCCUCUCCCACUGGAGUUUCCCAGGGGCCCCAACUGGGGAGUCAGGGAGCCUGGUGUCAGCUGCCCUCAAAAUGCUCGUUCCUUUGGAGGAUGCACCCCCUCCCCAGGCGAUCUCCCCCACUCCCCAGGCCCCAGCUGGGCCCAGUGAACCUUUCCAGGCUUCACACCCAGAUGACAAGAGCCCCGGGCCUGGGGCUGUCCCAGACAAGAGGCCCAGGCAGAGCGAGGCCCUCUAUCAGGACCCACACGUCCCUGGCCCUGAGCCAGGACUGGGGUCCCCAGGAGCCCGAGCCCUCACACUAGGGCCGGCUGGACCCUCCCAGGAUCUGGAGCCUGUGGGUCAGCCUCCCACAGAGGGACUGGAGCAGGGCCAGCUGGGCCUGGGUGUGCAGGAGGGCCCUCCUGGGGGGCCAAGAGAAGCUCAUGGCCAGGUCUUGGGGCCAGAUGGGCUGCCUGCCCUUUCCCACGAGCGUCUGGAAGAAGAGCCCAGGGUGAAGGAAAGGAAACAGGUGGGCCAAGGAGGGCAAGACCUCAGUUCAGAGCAGUCAGGUGAGGCUCGUGGCCUGAAGGCUGGGCAUUCAGAACUCCCCCAGCAAGAUCAUCUGCUUGCUCCUCUCCUGUGUGACACACCACGGGCUGAGGCUGAAGCAGAAGCUCCUAGCACACAGCCACCUCCCCUGGACUCUCCCCAGGAGGGCGCUCAGCCUGGGGGUGGAGCAGGGCCCCAGGAGCACACGCAGAGCGCCCCCACCAUGGUUGAGCUGGAAGCCCAACCCACGGCCUCCCCUACUACUGCUCGUGCAGAAGAACAAGGCUCCCUUCGAUCCAGGGAGCCCACGGCAGAUCACAGGCCUCCAGACCCACGAACUGACUCCACGGAGGCUGCGCCGACCUCAUCCCCAGGGUCCUCCACCGCCAGUGAGCCUCCCGCCGACGCUGAUUACCUCUUCCACGUCAUCUUCCUGGGAGACUCAAACGUGGGCAAAACCUCCUUCCUGCACCUGCUGCACCAGAACUCCUUCGCCACCGGGCUGACAGCUACUGUGGGAGUGGAUUUUCGGGUCAAAACUCUGCUGGUGGACAACAAAUGCUUCGUGCUGCAACUCUGGGACACGGCUGGCCAGGAGAGGUACCACAGCAUGACUCGGCAGCUGCUCCGCAAGGCUGAUGGAGUGGUACUCAUGUACGACAUCACCUCCCAGGAGAGCUUCGCCCACGUGCGCUACUGGCUGGACUGUCUCCGGGAAUCAGGGGCCGACGGGGUGGUCAUCCUUCUCCUCGGAAACAAGAUGGACUGUGAGGAGGAGCGGCAGGUGCCCAUCGAGGCUGGGCAGCAACUGGCCCAGGAGCUGGGGGUCUCCUUUGGAGAGUGUAGCGCUGCCCUGGGUCACAACAUCCUGGAGCCCGUGGUGAACCUGGCCCGGGCCCUCAAGAUGCAGGAGGACCGCCUGAAGGACUCACUGGUGGAGGUGACCCCCAAGAGGCCACAGAAGAGAGCUGAAUGCUGCUUCUGACCCUCCAGCCCAGCCAGGGGUGGGGGGACAGCCACCCCUGGGGUUUCCUGUCCCACCUUGCCAGGAUGCAGCCAUGACAGAGAUGGCCAGCUUAGAAGUUCAGGACAAUCCCCCUCAGGUCAUGACUUGGAUCCCAGGGCAGGGGCAGUGCUAAGGCUGCCCUUUGCACUCUGAAGAAGGAUUUGAGGGGGUGGUGGGUAGUGGGGGUGGUGGUUAAAACUUUCAAAAGAAAGAAAAAGUCAAAAAUGAAUUAAGGAAAACACACCAUAUUAUUGGCCACACAGCUCUGUGGGGUAAAAUCAUAGGGUGAAUGUGUGGGGGUGUUAUUGCCCUUUUUAUAUGUAUUUUUAUUUCUAGAUCUUCUGCAAUGCCUGGGUAUUCCUUACAUAAUGCGAAAUAAAACUAAGCGUCACGGGGAGGGAAAGAAACUUUCCGAGGAGCUUGCUUUGGGGCUGAUUACUAAGUGCUGCAACCUGUUAAUUACGAGACGCUUUAUUAAAGCAGUCCCACUGUUCCGUGCCUGCGAA